AUGAUGUUUUCUAUGGGGAAACGUUCAGAUCGUAGUAGGUCGGGGACCGAGUCUGAGGCCGGCGGUUUGGUUAAAACUGGUCUGCCAACAGACGAGGUGGUGACAGCGGUGGCCGCUGUAUCUGAUGAAAUUGGGGAUAUCUUGAAGGAUGAGCUUGGUGACGCAGAGCUGGCUGACUUGAGCGCUGAGCUCGAUCUCCUCGUGGAGCUGGCUGACGAGCCCCAGCAGGAAUUUCCAUCCUUGUUCGAGAUUGCUAUCGGUCAUCGUGGCUCCGGUAGUGGAUCCUCGUCAUCGUCAUGGUCGGGAGGUAGAGGCGGGAGGUCCCGCCGUCUUCCGAGACCACAGAGGGCGCCCAGGAGACGACCCAUCGCCAAGGGGAAGGAAGUGUGUCGCCGGCGCGGCGCGGUGGGCCGGCGCGCGGCGUCGCUCCGCCUGCGGCGGGUCGAGGUCGUGUCCGACGCGUCCGACGUCGGCGCCGACUCGGACUCGGACGACCAGUGGACGGAGCUGGACAACUCUGGCAGCACUGAUAGUUCUUCGGGCAAGGAAAUGAGCGGUCUAGAUAUCGAUUCUUACCAGCACAAGGGAUCGUUUGAUGAUCAUAUCAGCGACCACUGGUAUAUGUUCGUAACAUUAUCAAAUGUAACCUUCCAGCAGGUGGAGCCACCAGCGAUGGGUCAGUUCCUUUUGCCCCUGCUCAGCGCAGACCCGACUGCCCCUGAUCCAGAACACUUUCUGAUCCGCCACGAGGAUAUAUUACAGCUUCUAGCAUCUGCGGAAGAUAGCGUAAGAGAUGACAUUGCUUUAGAUGACGAUGCUGCGUUGGAUUCAGCGCCUGACAUGUUGAGUAGUGAAAUGUAUGAGUGUGAAGAACCAGUAGUGACGCCGGAGGACGAAGCCGCGCUCCUGCACUACGUGUGUGAAGCUGAGCAGUCAAAUAACUCGAAGGAUGUUCAGUUCAAACCAGUUGAGGAAUGGUUGCUGGGCGUCUACCACUCGUGGUGUGAGAUCAGUGCGCUGAUGUAUACACUCAUCGGGACCAAUAUCACGGAGCGCGCGCAGACGGGCUGGGCGUACCGCGCGCGGUUCGGCUGCCACUGCCGCCUGUGCCUGUCGCUGGCCGGCAACGCGCCCGCGCUGCACCGCCUGCUGGCCGCGCUGCUGCGGGACCUGUACUUCGGCUGCCACUGCCGCCUGUGCCUGUCGCUGGCCGGCAACGCGCCCGCGCUGCACCGCCUGCUGGCCGCGCUGCUGCGGGACCUGUACUUCGGCUGCCACUGCCGCCUGUGCCUGUCGCUGGCCGGCAACGCGCCCGCGCUGCACCGCCUGCUGGCCGCGCUGCUGCGGGACCUGUACUUCGGCUGCCACUGCCGCCUGUGCCUGUCGCUGGCCGGCAACGCGCCCGCGCUGCACCGCCUGCUGGCCGCGCUGCUGCGGGACCUGUACUUCGGCUGCCACUGCCGCCUGUGCCUGUCGCUGGCCGGCAACGCGCCCGCGCUGCACCGCCUGCUGGCCGCGCUGCUGCGGGACCUGUACUUCGGCUGCCACUGCCGCCUGUGCCUGUCGCUGGCCGGCAACGCGCCCGCGCUGCACCGCCUGCUGGCCGCGCUGCUGCGGGACCUGGCGCACGGUGGCAACACUGUAACUAUAGGUGCACAUCUAGUUCGAGCGCUACGACUCACGCCCGGCCGGGAAAGUCGCCCCGCCGACUGGGAUUUGCAGAGGUUACAGAGGGUCAACGUUAGUGAUGAUGGAGCCUCCAUAAUCCACGAGCACCUGAUAAGGUUCGCGCUGGAGAACGAAGUGGCCGACCAGAUCGUCAACAGCAUAUGUCUCUGUCGAGUGUACGAGCGGCCUUUUGUUAAAGAAUUCGCAAUGGAGAGGUUGUGCAAGCUUCUUGAUAAUUUUAAGACGGCUUCCUCAAUAACGUUUAAGGUGGAGAUGGUUCCGGAGGAGGGCGCGGGCCCGCGGGCCGGCGCCGCGUGGAGCGAGGCGGCGCGGGCGCGCCUGGCGCGCUGCCUGGCGCCGCACCAGCGCCGCUCCACCAGCGAGCGCCUCGCGCACAUGGCGGCGCGCACGGCGCCUCACGACCUAAGUGCCUGGUCCGGUUACAAACACCGCUGUGACUGUCUCACUCCAAGAACGCUCUGUGCUCAACAACGGAAACAGCUGUUAAGAAUUUCCUUCUUUGGUAUGAUGCAAGCUGUGAACGAGUUCAACGGGUCCAAGGAAGUGUUGGAUAAGGUAUGUGAUAGCAAUAAACUAUGUACUGAACCCAUUUUGAUAGAUGUUUUUUGUGCGAUAGAUUCAAUAACGGAUAGUUCAAGCAGGGAUUUGCAACAAGGAGACGGUACUGGGGCCAAGCCUCCCGAUAACUUUGAGGAUCACAUGAGCAAAUCGAACUCCGGCUUGGACCUGAGUGACUCCAACUUCACCGACGACCUCGAUGACAGAUUUAUUAGGUUUUUUUACACGUCCUACGUUUCAGAUACUUCACAGCUACCAUGGUCACGGGAGGACUCAUCCCCAUUGUCAUCCCCAGGUUCAGACUCCGACGGGUCGCCGUCGUCAUCAUCGGGGUCUGGUGGUGGGAGGCUGUGCCGGUCCGUCCGACGCUUGAUGAGAUCCAUCGCAGCCAUCGAGAGACUCAUGGACCGCGUGUUGAGACACUGCGAUCGAUGGACGGAUAGGGACGCGAGACGCCGUGUACACGCCGGUUUGUCGGAAGUAGACCGAAAGCUAAUGGCGAUGUACCGCAGACUUCCCGAUGUCCACCGGAGGCAGUUGCAGCUGUAUCGGAAGCAGAAGAGACUUUCCACUGUGUGCGCGCGGCUGGCGGGCGGGCGCGCGCCGGCGCCGCCGCCGCCCGGCUCGCCGCCGCCCGCGCCCGCGCGCGCGCCGUGCCGCCCGCUGUGCCCCGAGUACCACCUGCAGCGCUUCAAGGAGGUACGACGUAAGGUAAUGCACAUGCGCGAUCAGCAGUUGUACUACCAUCGCUUGAGGAUGUGGCUCGAAGACCAGCUGCGUCAGGAAAGGGAGAGCUUGCCGGACGCAAACGUAAAGGUUAUAGAUGACCUUCCGAAGCGUAAGCGGCGCAACCUCAGCCCGAAGCUACAGAAAAUGGCGUCCGCACCGAAACGAAAGCUCAAACCCCAACUAUCCCAAGCAAUAAAUAAACCUCACAAAAUCCUCCAACUACUCAAAAGUAAGGCCCCCCUCCAGCCAGAUAUAAAGUCUCCCUACAAAGAAAUAGAUAGCAAAUCCGAAGCGGAACCGCCUGAAGCGUUCCCGUUAGACAAGGAAGAUAAUAUAAGCGAUACGGAAACAAUAGUAGGCGAGAAAGAGACGGACACUAUUUGUAAGGAAAUGAAAGAGUGUCUAGCUAAGUUUGCCAAUUUCGCGUUAAAUAGUCCGGAUGGUAAAGAGGAGUACGAGCCGGAGAAAGAUGUUAAAUAUCUAGAUUCGGUCAGUCCACCGUUGCAAGAAAUGUCUCCGACGACCUCCGGACCGCCAGUUUACUCGCAUAAGUCACAAAGAAUCAUAGCCGUUAAUAAAAUUUUUAACAAAGAAGAUAAAGUGUUAGAUUUUCAAUCACAAGCUAGUGAUAUAAACGCCAGAGCUAAUGAUGAGGAUGCUAGCGAAAUAGAUAAUAAUGAAGACAAGGACGUUGAUGUGUUAAAAUAUGUGACAUUCGGUUUGAAAAUUAAGAAAGCAAUGGAGGAAUGCCAGAAUAUAAUCAAUUCGUAUAAUAAAGAUGAGAAGAAACGGGAUGUUCACGAGCCUCCGACUAUGGAGCAGAUCGUCGAAGUCAUGUUAACCCUAGAUAAGAAUUCCGCGGAAUUUCUAGAAAAAAUGGACGCAGACGAUCCAAUAGAUAUGAACGUUGCAAUGUCAAAGUUAUCCGAAUUAGUAGAAAAUAUGCCUCAAACUCUAGCUAAUAUGCCGGAAAUAGCUUCGAAGUUGUCUGAGUUCGCGAACGCCAGCUUCGAACUUCCGGAAUUCGCGUCUAUUAUGAAUAGCUUGCCGGAUGUGAACAAUGACGCCCAAUUGACGCCGGAAACGUUGAAGCAGAUACGGGAAUUGAAGCUUUCGAAACGAGACAAUAUAAAAGUAACGAAAAACACUGCCAAGAGAAAAAUUAAUCGUAGAAUUAGAGCCGACGACGACGUGUUCCAAUUUGAGGGUAUCACGGAAAUAUUGAAGGACGAAAAGGAUCUGCAGAAUCUUAUGAAAAAUAAGAAUAACGAUGAGUUUAAGGAUUUCCUAUUUUCUACGCCCGCUCAAGUAGUUAUUAAUAAGGCUUUCGAUUACCUCAAACAGAAUAAGAGUCCAGAACUAUCCAAGUUUUUAGAGGAAGGUAAGGAAUUGCUAUUUUUACCGCGUAAUAGUCUUAAUUCUGAAAUGUAUUCGAAAGCCUCCAAUCUAUUCGAUAAUUCUGUUAAGGACGCUUUAAGUAUGACUGAGUUGAGAGAUAUAGUCAAAUCUAGGUUUAAUUCCUGGAAACACAACGUAGCUACUAAGCUUAAGAGCAUACCUAUCGAUAUAUUAGAGAAUGAAAUAGAAGUUAUGUUAGAUAAGUUCUAUUCGUCGAUACAGGACUUAGCUUCGAAACAGUGUAAUAGCGAAAGUGACAAGAUUAUUGAAAAAAUCGAUGAAUUGAAUCGAAGUAACGACGAAUCGGAUACAGAAGGGUGUUCAGCUUCGAAGGAAACUCUGAAACAAAUCACAAAGUUACUGAGCACGUUUGCUGGUAACACGCUAGACUUGCUAAUAGUGAAAUUGUCGAAAAUGUCCGACGAUAAGAAAUCAGCUGUGAAAAGUUUAAAGUUUAAGUAUUUGGACGUUGUGAAACGUUGCGCGGAGUCGCAGGAGCUAGUUAGCUGGAUAUUCCUAGACCCGGAAAUCGCUAUCAACGUUAUACAGGAACUUACGGGUCUAGAGGUCAGGAAAUUGGACAACGCGCCAGACUUUUCGACGUUGUCGAAUGAUAGAAAAAAGGAUUACUUCAUGAAUCGCUUGAAAGAAACCAACAGGCAGUAUAUGGAAACGCUGCCCAAAAAAGGUUUGACGGGUGAUGAAUGGCUAGUGAUGCUGUACAGGCUGGAGCAGUUAGAGGACACUUUAAGGGAAUCGUUUUCGAAAAUGGCGCCCCCGACGAAAGUCAUACAAACACAGGCCAGUGAAGCGGAAAUCGUAGCAGCUAAAGGUCUCAGUAAGAUAAUUGGUAAAGCAAACGUAAGAAUAGUCAAGAAAACCAAUCAAGAACCCCCGAAACCGGUCAAGAAGGAGGAAUUACCGGCAAAUAACGAUGACGACGAUAAGAAAUGCAAGAGCUACGCACUUUUAGCGAAGUGUGAAGCGAUAUUGACGUCAAAGGGCGAUAAAUCACUUUUAGAUAGUUUUUACGCGAUAAAAUCCUACAUAACCCAAGGACUGCCCGUUCCUGAAACCUAUAAAAAACACGUCAUAUCUAUAUGUUCUAGUAUCGACGCGAAACUUCUAGAAGAGGACGCAGAAGAAUGUAUGAAAGUAGAAGAAUUAGAAAUCGAUAAGGACAAAACUCCUCUAUCAGUCAUCGGUUCCCAGAACCCGGAACUUUUAGCUAAAUAUUCCGCCCAAGCGUUGAGAAAUGCUAAACAAACUUUAAACGCGGUCGCCUUUAGGAAUAUGUCGAGAAACGGACAGACGAAAUCUGAAAGCGACGCUUGCGAUACACCCAAAAACAACUGCAAAUGGACGAAUGACUGUGUUUGUGAUUCGUGUAAGAAUUCAGAUGUGUCGUCUGUGUGUCCCGGUGAUGUAGUGAAGUGCGACGAUGAUAAGAAGCUUCAAGAGGACAAGAAGAAGGAGAAGAAGGUCAUGCAGAAGCAAAAGCAGCCCCCGAAGGGCUGUGAGAACGGUAACCAUCAGCAGCAUGUUUGUAAAGGUGAGUUGAUUUAUCAUUUGUACCUGUAUACAUUUGUAUGGACGUUUACAUUUAUGACUAACUGUUUUGGUCUAGAUUCUAGAUUGGGGCACGGCGCUUGUGUGGGUGAGGGCGCCGCCGACCAGCCCUGCAACUGUUGCUACUGCACUGUCUUCGGACUAGCGCCGCCGCUAACGACCCCAGUUCCGCGCAACUUCAACGAAACGAGAGAGAGGUUGAGAUCGAUACUCAAUAAGAAGAAGCAGAAAUGUAAAACGAACGGCGAGGUGGAGUCCCCGCCGGAGCGCGCGCCCCCGCAGCCCCCGCAGUCGCAGGCCUCCACACCCCCCCUUCUCCCCGCUUCUCAGGCCCUCCCCAAGUCUCUCCCCCCAACAUUGACUCCUGCGCAGGCGCAACAGAAGCGGCAAGCCAUCGAGAACCAGCAGAAACAGCUAGCUGAAAAAAUGGCCAAGAUGGUCGUCACAGAGAAACCGGAAAAUAAACCUAAGGCUCUUCAACGUUCAGUUCCAGCGCAAGUGAACGCUCCAACUGCGGUCAAAGCCGAGGGGAAAGUCAAUGCGAGCGCUAUGGAGCAGAUACGAAUACAGCAACUCAAACAACAGCAGCAAGCGCAAAUGCAACAGCAGAUGCAGCAGCAGCAACAACAACAAAAACAACAACACCAGCAGCAGCAACAACAACAACAACAACCACAACCACAACCACAACAACAACAACAACAACAACAAAACCAACAACAACAGCAAACACAACACCAACAAAAGAAACCUGAACCUAUAUACGAUCUGCCGAUACACAACAAACCGACUUUGACUCCUCAGCAGCAACAACAGAUAAGACAACAACAGCAGAUGCAACAACAUCAACAACAACAACAGCAACAGAUGCAGAUGCAACAACAACAGCAGAUGCGGCAGAGUCGGCAACAACAGAACACAGUGUCGAUAUCGAGUCGAGAUACGAGCGUCUUCUCAACUAGCUCUGGCUGUUCUGGAGGUUCUUGUUGGCGUGGUCGAGGUGGGUGCAACAACAGAGCUGAAGACCCUCGAGACCUUGACGCGCUCUUGCAGUACAUCGAGGGUCCAGCGCGACACGUAGACCGCGGGAAGAAAAGGGCUAAGAAGCAGCGCCAAAAGGCUAAGAGGAUGGAGUCCCGACUGGAGGAGCGGCUGCAGGCGGUGGGGCGCGAGCUGGCGGCGGCGCAGGCGCAGCGGGCCGCCGCGCACGGGGCGCGCGUGCGCGCCGAGCGCCUGCUGGCGGAGGCGCGCGCGGCCGCCGCGGCGCGGAGGCGCGGUAAAAAGCAGAAACUGAACCCAGUACAACAAGCUAAAAUGCAACUAGUAGCUGAGCAACUCGGCGAUUACACUGCCGUCGUCAACACUGCCGCUAAGGAGUUGCAGGUAGCCGAUAGGCGUGUGGCGGAGUACACGAAGCGCUAUCAAGAGUGUCAGAGAGCCUUGGCUGAAGCUAGAGCCUUACAGGGGAAAGAGCCCAUCGAGGACAGGAACAUUCACCAGCAUUCACCAGAGCCUCAGCCAGAUGUGGCGCAACAGCGUAUCUCCGCUGUACUGAGCAACGACUUUACCGUAUUGAAAAUGUGCGAGAAUGAAAGUCAGUCACAAAUUCAAUCGCAGAAACCAAGCGAGAGUCAAAAGAAACAGACAUGGGAGCAAGCGAUCGCUCAUAUCAACCAGCUAGCUAAGGGAUCUGCUAAGAAAAAACACAAAGAACAGAAAGAACCCCAAGCCCAGCCCAAGGUCGAGGUGAAGGUAAAGGAGAAGGAGAAAAAGGCGUCUCCUCCGCCAGCUAUCGAACCGCAACCCCUGUCUAAGAAGCAGAGAAAGUUGCUCGCUAAGCAACAGGCGGAGGAAGAAGAGAAAAGGAAACAGCAACAAUUAGAAGCGAAAUCCAAGAAAGCGUCGAAACAGGAACCUCUCAAAAUAGACAACAGCAAGAAGGACAAAGAGACGAAGAGAGAAGACAAGAAGAGAAAAGAAGAGAAGAAGGAAGUUAAGAAAGAAGAUAAAAAGGGGAAGGAGAAUAAACAGGACGCAAAAGCAUCGACAACAGCAAAAACGAAAGCCGGCCAACAACAAGCACAACAAAACAACAAGAAGGAUAAGAAGAAGGAAGCUACUGUCGAAGUUGUCACCAAGAAGAAUCAAUGCGCCAACCAGCCAGGGAAGCCAGCCUCUUGUAGCAUAAUGGAGCAGCUUAGCAGCGGAGUACAGGUGGCGGAUCUGAAACUGCCUCCUGGGAUUACUUUGACACGAGUUCAACCCAAUGAACAGAAGGAGGGGCCCGCCAUCAAAUCUGUUCCGCUGUGGAGGCACGCGGCCGCGCCGGCGCCGCGCCCCACUCUGCUGGCCUUUGCCGCGCCGCACACCGAUCCGCCCAAAGCGAUAAUAAUACCAGAACCGACGCAGCCAACUGGAAAAUCGAAGAAAACAAAGAAAAAGGCCAAAAAAGCUGCCGCAGAAGCCGCGGAGCCUAAACAAGAUGGCGCUAAAAUGGUCACACUACGGAACCCCAUGUUCCACCCCAACCUACCCCCCGUUCAGAUAACAACCGCUCCACAAAAGUCGGAGAUACGGAUCCCUGACCCCAUCCCCAUGCCCCCGACCCCCUGUCAAGCAACCAUAACUCCUACAUCGAACGGAAUGUACACAAUCCGUAACCCUCUCAUGUCUAUGAUGCACCAGCAAAAUCUGAUGGGAAUCAGAAACCAGAACCCCCAAAUGGCACCCUCACCAAAGCAAGAUGAUUUCCAGCACCGUAUAAUGAAUCUAGCUUCAUUCACCCAAAAAAACGACGAAGGCUACUCCCUCUUCAAGACACCAGACGACAACCCCCAGAAAAGCUUCCUGACCCCAGAAUACUUCGAUAACCAGGCUCCGAAGGUCGUGUCUCCAAAUCCAAUAGGAACAAGACCAGACCACAACAGAAAUUACGAGAAUGAUUCUCUGUUCGCCAAUCCCAUUCAACGCCCGGAGCCCAUAGGAACACCCUUGAAGAAAGACGAUGAUAAGCAAUACAGUGGCUUAUACACCCCAUUCGGUCAAGAAGAUCACAAUGUCUUCAGAAAUGCCCUCUUCAGCGAUAAACAGGAAUCGAACCAGAACAAAAUGGAGGAUUCCACCCCUUAUGUCAACGGGGAGCUGCCUUACUUCCAAAGAUUGAGAGCGGGUUCGAAGCUGAACAACGAAGUGACGAUACACUACGUCACAGAUUCAAAGUUCUAUAAGGGACAGGAGGGCGAGCCGUCGCUGUUCGCCGCGCGCGCCUGGCCGCGUGCGCCCGCGCCGCCGCAGGUGAGCCGCCGCGCACUUACUCCGGCCGCAACUUACUCCGCGGACAACUUACUUACUCUGCGUAGCGUCGCCUCGCCGCUUACAAACGAGUCCAGUAUCUUGCAGCCGGACUGCAGCAUCACUACCCUACCUACUCUAGAGACAUCUGAACGUGAUAUCGAGUCCUUUAAGUUCUGAACAUCCACUUCUCUUCGUCAAGACACAAGCCGGGGUACAGUCCGAUGUAUGAGACAUUACUUCAGCUAUACGACAACACAAAAAUCGACAUCAACAAUUUAUACUACGCCAACUCGAAUUUUCGAUAAGUUGGUUUUCUU